AUGCCGUUGCAAGCUGCUAUGAUAAUCGUUGAUAACAGCGAAAGCAGCCGCAAUGGAGACUACCCGCCCACCCGGUUCGAUGCCCAGGCCGACGCGAUAAAUAUCAUAUUCGAGAGCAUCACCCAGUCUAACCCCGAGUCUUCCGUCGGUCUGAUGAGCAUGGGUGGCAAGGGUCCCGAGGUUUUGUCUACGCUGACGACGGAACGGGGCAAGCUGCUCGAAGGUCUUCACCGGAUCAAGAAGAAGAUCUCGGGCUCGUCCCACCUCGCAACCGGUAUCCAGAUAGCCAGUCUAGCAUUGAAGCACCGACAAAACAAAUCCCAACGCCAGCGCAUCAUCGUCUUCGUGUGCUCGCCCGUAGCCGACGACGAGAAGAAGCUGGUAUCGCUAGCCAAGAAGAUGAAGAAGGGAAACAUCGAUAUCGACUUUAUCCUGUUCGGCGAUUUGGACGACGAUGAUGUACAAAAGAAGCUCGAGGCUUUCAACAAUGCGGUUAAGACUAAUGAGAACUCGCACCUUGUUGUGAUUCCUCCCAGCGGUAAGCUGCUUAGUGAUCAGCUAAUAACCACUCCUGUCUUACUCGGAGAGGGAGCAGCCGGUGGUUCAGGUGGCAUGGCCGAGGGUGGUGGCGACUUUGGCGAUUUCGACUUCGACCCCAGCGCCGACCCCGAAUUGGCUCUUGCUCUACGCAUGAGUAUGGACGAGGAGAAUGCGAGACAGGCUAAACAGGCCAAAGAGGAGGCAGAGGCCGCAAACAAGACAAGUCUAGAAGGCAUAGAGGAGGAGGGUGAAAACCAGCCUCUACUGACCGAACACGGCGAGCCUAGCGGAAGCGGAUCCGCCGAUAAGAAGAGCUCUAAGAAAGACGACGAUGACAAGAUGGAUACGUCAUAA